GAAGACAUUUUAUGGACACAAGUUUCUUUAUUUCUUUCACACCUCCGAAGUCUGAUAAGGUACAGAUAUUAUCGGGAUAUUUAAAAAAUAAAAAUUGUACGAGUUUGAGGGAGGAUGAGAAUAUGUUUUGUUAAAACUAUUGUGUUUAGUCUGAGCCGAAACAGAAUCAUAUGAUUCACUCUUGAAUUCAUUCACCUCCAUACACACUCAAGCCUUGUAAGGACUAAGAAUUGCUGCAUUGACCAGAGGAAGAAAAUUAACAAAAGCUAUGGAGAACUCAACCCAAGUCAAGUUCUUUUAUCUCUUUGGCUUACAAGAGACAUUUAACAACAAAUCGGUCUAUUUUACCUUGUCUCUUAUCACAUACCUUCUCAUCAUCACUGUGAAUUUGACUCUGAUCAUAACAAUCAUUCAGGAGAAAGGUCUCCAUGAGCCCAUGUAUAUCUUUCUGUGUAGUUUAUGUAUCAAUGGAUUGUAUGGAACUGCUGGUUUCUACCCCAAGUUCUUACUGGACCUUCAGUCAGAUGUUCAGGUGAUAUCUUAUGGUGGAUGUUUGACUCAAGCCUGUGUAAUAUACACAUCUAUCACGUGUGAAAUUUCUACUCUAACAGUGAUGUCUUACGACAGGUAUGUGGCGAUAUGCAGACCACUACUAUAUCAUACCAUUGUGACAUCUUUAACUGUUAGAAAGUUACUCCUAUUUUCUUGGUGUUAUCCUUUAUUUAUAGCACUCAUAGCACUUAGUUUAACAGUCAGAAUUCCUUUGUGUGGAUCUCGCAUUGAUAAGAUCUUCUGUGACAAUCCGUCUAUAUUGAAACAUGCAUGUUUACCCAUAACCAUCAAUAAGAUUUGGAGCCGAUGUUUAAUAGUGGUUCAUGUUUUACAGUUACUUUACAUUGUAUUUUCUUACUGUAUGAUUGUCAGGACUUGUGUAAAGUCGUCUAAGGGAAGGAUUAAGUUCACACAGACAUGUGUGCCACAUUUAUUAACAAUUGUUAUUUUCAUCACAGUGACCCUGUUUGACAAUUUGCAAGGGUGGAAUAAUGUAAAUAUUACACUAAAUAUGCGUAAUGCAAUGGCUGUACAAUUCCUUGUUAUACCACCUGUCUUUAACCCUCUCAUAUAUGGACUUAAUCUCCAGCAGAUUCGAAGAGCAGUUUUUAGAAAGUGUAAUACGCAUAAAAUCAUUGAUAUUAGACGUUAGUUACAUCUUAAACAACAGGGAGACUUACUGAUAUCAGAAGUCAACAAAAUGAAGGUAAAAUCUACCAAAACUGCUGCAAGGUUAAAUGGCCCCUAAUUUGUUGAUGUCUAUCGCCCUCUUCUGGGAAAGUGAUUUACAAAUAUUAAAAUAAUAAAGUAAUUGUAGCACACCUCCUGAGCAUGAAAAUGCUUGUCUGGGUCCCAAAUGGCACCCUAUUCCCUUUAUGGUGCACUGCUUUUGACCAGAACCAAAGUAGUGCACUAUUUAGGAAAUGGGGUCCAAUGGAUAGCACAAUAUAUGACUCCUUAUACAGUUAAGAACUUUUUUUUAAAGAACAGCAAUAUGCAAAGCUACUCCUUCGAUCUAUAUUUUCCCCACUGGGUGCUUUAUUCAUAAUACUGUUAACAAAAAUAAAUUAUGUCAUUAAUGGUUGUGGUUACAACACAGUAAAUAUAUAGCUUUUUUUUAG